CUUCCCGACGCUACGAGGUCGUCAAGGAGACGCGCACCUGUUACAGUCAGAAAGUGGUCAGUCAGUCUUGAUUCAUUUGAUUGUAUCAGUCUGGACGGAGAGACGGAUAUGAAGAAGUCCCACCGCGCUAAUGUCCUGGUGAUGUCCUGUCUGAAGACGCCGGUGGAUCCGCACACUAAAGUCCCGUUAGCUCAGUAUGAGCGGGAGCGAUCGCUGCGCGCGUGCACGGACAACAGCCACUAUGAGACAGAGAUUGAGUAUGACUCUGGAUCAGAGCUGGGGACUGAUGAGCCUCCUGUCAAAGACAGCAAUGCACUGCUGAUCAAAGACUACCACGUGACGGGCGAUCACAUCGAUCUCAGGGAGUUCUACUUCUCAAACCAAGAUUACUACCAUAAACUAGAGCAGCUGAAGAAGGCUCACCUCCAAACGAUGGCCGAACUCGAACUUAUGUAUCGCAAGAAACUGGACCUCAAGGGGGUGAGCUCUGCGGACAACAGUGAUCGGACCAAUCUUUCCCCACAAGGAAGGAGUCCAGUGAUAACCAGCAAUCUGAAAAAAGCCCGGUCUGCUCUGGAGCUGCGGCGAACUUCAGAUCUUUCUGACCUGUCUGAUGAAGAGUGCACUGCUGACAACGGCAACACUGAGAAAGGCCUUCAUAUCUCACCCAAAGAGCACAUCAAGAACAUGUGGCAGGACUUCAGCGUGCAUAAGCUGUCUCCACCUCAAUGGCACCCCUUUUCAUCCUCACUGCAGAGCUUGCCUGCUGACUGCCAGGCUGCUAGCAAACUCAAGGGUAGGACCAAGAGUCAACAGCUAAAAAAACACAAGCAAAUGGUAGACGAGUGUUGGCAUCCGAGAGUAACAGUCCCCAAGCCUUUCCACAUGACCCUUCGUGAGGCAGAACGCCGCAAGAAAGGUAUAAAAUCACGUUCAGAGAUGGAGCAAGAGAACGCAGAUCUCCGACGGCAGGUGGAGGAGCUCACUGAGUGCCAGAGGAAGUUCCGCGCCAGUCCGGCACCUGCACACGUGCGCCUCCCGCUGUACGAGGAGCUGCAGGAGCGCAGGCGGCUUCAUCGCGACUUGGAGCAGCAGCAUAUCCACACCUCGCAAAGACCCUUCAGCUUCCUGGAGCGCGAACGGCUGAAGAAAGAGCAGAAGGAGGCCAAGCUCCGUGAGCAAAUGCUCAAACACGACCGAGAGGAAGAGGAGAGAAGGAAAUGCCCCUUCAAGGCCAAACCUGUCCCACGGAGAGUGAAGGAGGCCGCGUCGGGCGAGCAGAAGAAGGAGGAGGAGCUCUACAGGGCCAUCAAGAUGCAGAUGCGGGCGAGGGAGUUGCUUCACAGCGCAUCCAUGCCUCCUAGCAUGCUUGCGCGGCAGCUUAGUGAGAAACAGGUGCACAAAGCCACCCAGGAUGAAGAGCAAACACACAGACCCAAGAUCAACACCGAAGUUCCGGACUUUGACGGCAGCUACAGGAGGUUUCGGAAGCAGCUGGCGAAGUGCAAAGAAGUGCGGCCUGUGACAGCGUGCGAACCCUUCCAGCUGUGCACGGCUAAUAUCGCCUCACACAAAGAACGCAUCAUGGCGGAUAUCGAGGCAGAGAUAAAGAGCCCAAGACUAUCACGCUGGCCAUUCAUGACCCCACCUGCUCUCUCGCCCAGAACGCCCUCGUCUUCCCUUUGCUCCUCUCUGUCCGGAAGCCAGGAAUGCUUGUCUGCUAAAAUCACAGAUGCAGCCAAGAAACGGCAAGAAGCUGUGAGAAAGGUUCUUGAGCAGAGAAAGCGGGCAGAAGAAGAGGAGGAGAAAUUAAAGGAGAAGCAGAAACAGAGAGAGAAGAGACUACAAAAAGUGAUCACAAAGCGAGCCCAGGCGAAUGACCCGCACAUGACCCUAGCCCAGACAUGCCCAUCCAAACUAAAAGAGUUCAGGAAACAAGAUCUUCAGAGACAAAGAGAGUACCAGGAGGAGAUGAGAGAAAUCCAGGAAAGAGUGAAGGGAAGACCCCUGUUACUGGAACAGGUGGCACAGAUGAAUGCUAAGAGAGCAGCAGAGAAGAUCUACUCUGCCACUCUGCAUGGAUGUGGUCUGAGUGAAUCCUUUAUCAGCAGUAAAGCUCCUGAAGGCUUGAAACACAGACAGACCCCAAGCCCCGCCCACUCCGGCAGCCAAACUCCACCCACAUACAGUAAAAACAGGAAUGAAGAUAAUAAGGAACUUCCAGACCUGCGGGAUCUUCUGGAAGACUAUGCUGAUGAUUAUGAGGAGUAUGACCAUGACAUGGAGGAAGAACACAUGGACAGAGAUGAGGACAACAGGCACAGUGAAUGUCAUGACACUGAUGAGGAGAAGGGCAACUCAUAUCAUGACAAGCUGGAUUUUGAUGAUGAUGAGGAACAGGACGAGCGUUAUAAAGAUGAUGACAUCAGCAGUAAGCACAGCCAGAGCAGCAGGGGUAGUGAAAGUAAAAACAGUGAGAAAAGUGAUCUUUAGCUUUAUUCUACA